GUUGUGUAGAAGUGUAACUGUAAUUGGCUAAAUGAUAUAAAAGUAUCUGACAAAAAAUAUUAUUUAUUGAAUUUGUUUUAUUAUACGCAAAAAAGACUUUUGUAAUUGUAAAUGUAUUUGUCGAUUCACAGCGAAUCGAUUCACUUAACGAGUCAUGUAAAAGGAACCGGUUUGAUUUCGAUUCGCACGCUUCUCGUCUCGACCGGAAGUUCUUUCUCUCCAGUGACCCGAGUCGAUAUUAAAAGCACGUAAUAAGAUGGCUACUCGACUGCUCGUGAGGAGAAUCUGGUCCGUCUGUGUGAAAGACUCCCGCCGUCUCCCUGCCGCCACGCUCUCUCGUUCCUCGUCCUCGUCACUCUCCUCCUUCCUGAGAACCGCUGUCCACAAACAGUACUUCCUGUGUCCGCGUUCUCUCCCUCUGUCCUCACACAGGUGCGUCUCCUUCAACGUGCAGGACAACGACGACUUCACCGAGAGAGUCAUCAACAGCGACCUGCCCGUGCUGGUGGACUUCCACGCUCAAUGGUGCGGCCCCUGUAAGAUCCUGGGCCCCAGGCUGGAGAAGGCCAUUGCUAAGCAGGAGGGUCGAGUUACCAUGGCCAAAGUGGACAUUGAUGAACACACAGACCUCGCUAUAGAAUAUGGGGUGUCUGCGGUUCCCACGGUGAUCGGCAUGCGCGGCGGCGACAUCAUCGACAAGUUCGUAGGGGUUAAAGAUGAACAGCAGCUGGAUUCGUUUGUCAACAAGCUUAUUGGACAAUGAACCUGUCAAUCAGUUCCCAAGCCUCUAUGAACUUUAGUUUACAGCUCUGUAAAUGUCACAUUCAUUUAUACUCUCGCACACACUCUCUCUCUCUCACACACACACACACACACACACCAGGCUAAUCCACGAUUUGCCUGGUAGCCAUCACUGUGUAUCCUUUAGAUGCUUUUGUAUAUGAACGUGUGCGUGUUCUUUCACUCUUCACCGACCUUUGCUGCUGACCUUCACAAAUUCUGUGGAAUUCUGUUAAAGGGAAAGGAAAUGAAAUUUUUAACCCUGAUCCUGUCACAACCGCUUCAGUUCUCGCCGUAGUUCCUGCUGUCGUCCACUAGGAGGCGACCUUCGUCUUUAAUCCGAGACCACGUGACAAUCGUGUUUGUCUCACACUUAUCACAGAGGUCAAGUACAUCUAAUCCAGACUAAUGCCGUAAAAUACAAAGACGAUAUUUCCACUCUGAGAGGGGUAAAAUAAUAAUAAUUAUCCUCUACACGUGUGAGAAAACGUGUCCUGAUUGUGUUUCAGGUUUGACUGUGAAAUUGGAAUUGUACCAUAAUAGUGCUGAUUUCCAUCUGUUUAAUAUGACCGGCUGAAAAGGAUUUCGAAAUAAAGCUGAUGUAUGAUGUCCUA